CCGCAGUGGAGGGAGUGCGGCAGUCAGUAGCCUCCUAUGCUGCACCGUCGUCUCCACCCUCACAACAUACUCAAUACUGGGUAUCCCCAGCGCCCUCUGAUCCCCCUUCGCAGCAUAGGACUAGUGAGAAGGGCAGAACUGUGACCCUUGGAGUAACAAAACCACAGCCGGUUGGCCAUUUGGAGGCAACGCGGAGCCCAACAGAAACACAGGUGCCUCCCCGCGCACUUAGUACUGUCUUCCUACAGACCCAUCUCCAGGAAACACCCGCCAUUACCCCCGUCCCCACUCUCGCUCCUGCCACUCCUAGACCACAAACGCAUACUUUAGCGAUACAGACGGGUCAUCUACCAGCUGCAUCUAUGGAGGAGGUCAAUCCUAGAAUUGGAAGGGCCAGUAGUCAGCUCCUCCACGGUGCGUCGCCCAAUGGCUCAUCUUCGUCAGGAAAAACUCAGGUCACGUCGCGGCAAGACUCCCUUGAGGAGUCUGAGCUUCGCCUUCUUAACGACAGCAGCACUGAUCACUCCCCAACCAGAAAAUCCUCGCCAAGCCUACCCGCAAGCCCCACCCCGUUGGUGGAGACACCAGCAAAUUUGUCUAAUGGAUUUCUGGGCACCUUCAGUGGGAAUCAAGGCCAGAUCACGGCCCAAAAAUUCCCCGCCCAGCACUCUUCUAGCUCCAUUGAGACCUCACAGACUGAUCAAGCACAGCUGGCUAGAAUAUGGAGCGCCGGCGAUGAACAGUGGGCGGGCGGUGGUCAGCGGGGUGGACGGGGUCAAGGACCACCUUGGGCCUGGAGCAAAGGCAGACGGCGAAGGAGGAAGCUGCCUGGAGUGGAGGCCAUGGCGUCUUCGUCAUCUCAUCUGUCAGCUUCUACCGCACCUUCUCUUUCAGGCCAUGUCCCUCAUUCCGUGGGAGCAGCAACCUUCUCCUUGCAAAGUAAAGAGAGUAAAGGCAGUACUAAGGGUGGUGUUAAGUCUCCCGUGCAAUCUACUGAAGAAGUAUACUCGCAGGCUGGUGGCGGGGCCGGCAGUCGGUACGAGGUGCUGCGGUCCGGCGGCGGCCGCAUCGAUUUCGAGGUAAUGGAGACAGGCGAGUUCGACGGGUUCAGAGUCACGCGAACAAAGGAAGUGGAUGCACCGCCCCUGGCCUUGCCCCAGGAGGCCAAGUCACCCAAUGAAUCCUUGAAGAAAUACCAAGGGGAUGGAAGGACAAUGUCUUCCCGCCACAAGGUUCCGGAGGAUAGUGAGGUUUCGGCAUCAAAACGACAGCGGCUUCUCGGAGCAAUUAGGAGGCCGCCCGAGACAAUCCUGUCUUCCCCACUACACUCGCGGGAGGUUACCCUCCUCCUUCCUCCAUCGACGUUCUUCUCACCCCCUGUCACUCUGUACCAGAAGGCAGAGACCACUAGCAGCAGUGCACCUCCUCCCGUGCCCCUACCCACCACGGAGGAUACCUACUCCCGUGAACUUUCUCAGAUGAAACAGGAAGUGAAACAGGGAGCAAAAACUCACAUCCCACAUGUUGAGACGACAUGGGGAGAUGACCAGGGCCCCAUGGAUACGACCCUCUCGAGCCUGUUCAGCGGCGAACUCAUCCCGCCGCUGCCUGACCACUGGGGUCGUCCCUGGGAGGGGGAGGAUGGAUGGGAAGGGGACAUCUCUGGGGAUAAAAUGACCACAUCGCCCCCCAGAAAGAUGACUGCAGAUGUAGCUGUUAUUCCGCUUCAUUUAUCAACGCUAGUACCCGGAGACGAAUCGACGGGUGGCGAUGGAUCAGCUUGGAAGACGAAGCAGCGCGACACAAUCCUGCCUUAUUCCAAAGCUGCCACCCCGCACGUCCAUGAAGAGAGUGACAUUGACGAGACAUGGAAUCAACAGCAAUACCUUGAGCAGAACAUGAAUAUAGCGUCAGGUAGGGCGGGGGUGCCUGUUGCCUCUCGAUCCCAUGAUUCACACCAUGACACUGAGGAAGGAGGGAUGAUGAAGACCGGCAAAGCUGAGGCGACGGACUCAACAACAGGUGGGGAGAAAGGUGGGGGAGCGUCAUGGCCAGGGGCGGGGGAGAGAGUGGAGUUUGUCACAGUAGUACCCGGGGGCAGCUGGGACGUAUGGGGAGGUCCUGCCCUCUGGGACUCCAUCUCAUCCAGCAGUAACCACUCUCUGCGUGGUUCACCCGUCUAUUCUGUCUAUUGGGGGGAUACAGGGGGUCCAGGCUCCCCCGCCGGGUGGCCAGAGGGCGUGUGGGUAAUCCGCGGGGGCUCAUUAGCGGCGAUCAUGGCCUUGGUGGCCACGAUAUCAGUACAAGUGUCUCGUGAUGGCCAGGUCCGCCGUCCCUCAGCUCCAGCCGAUGGCCCUCAGCGCGCCCUACACAGCCAACACGCAACCCUCGCAACCAAUCUUGCCACUUCCCUCGCCUCUGCACACGUCCUCCUCAUAUUCGGAAUAGAGGCAACGGGAAGGGCGUGGGUGUGUGGCGUGGUAGGCCUCCUGCUGCACUUCCUCCAUCUCGUCUCCUGCUUCUGGCUCUUGGCACUCACCACACGGCUUCUCAGCUCCCUGCGUCAGAGACCCACCCUAAAUACGGCCCUCUACUGUGUCUUGGCGUGGGGUGCCUCCCUUGGUCUCGUGGUGAUAUCCUACGUGGUGAACCCUGAAGGAUAUGAGACGAGACGGUACUGCUGGAUGUCCGUGGAGCGAGGGAUGCUAGUAUCCUUCAUCGUCCCCGUAUGUUCCCUCAUCCUGUUGAACGCGGGCCUGUGUCUGGCGGCGCAGAAGCUCUUGCUUGACAUGCGAGAGGGCGUGAAGCACGAUGUGAUGGCUGGACACAAGCGGAACCUACGGGGCGCAGUGUGUCUGCUGCCGCUGGAGGGCGUCUCAUGGUUCCUCUGCGUCGUGGCUUUAGAGGACCAUCAAAGCCUCGCCCUCGACUGUGCCGCCGCCCUCGUCAGUGCUUCUCUGGGAUGGCUGGUGCUCUACUUCCACGGGUGGUCAUGGCGGUGCCACGGCCAGUGUUGGCUGCGGCAGCGCCUCUACUCCUCCUCCUCCGCCACCUCCUCAAUCUCUUCUCGCCGGCUGGACGACCUCUCCCUCCCGCUCACAGCCCGAUACGACCCCGACCUCGCCCACCAGCCCCUCUUACACCCUCUUCCGCCACCUCCUCCGCCCCCUUCCACUGCCCAAGGCUCCACCGUCACUGUUACCCCCACCACCUCCACCUGCAUUACCCCGCCGCCUCCUUCCCGCCCCGAAGAGUUUCCACUGCAGACAAUCUUCCCGGGUCACGACAGGCGGGAAGUGUACUAAAGAAAGACAUCAACACGGGUGGCGGCCUAUUAGCGUUUGCAAUCAGUACACACACACACACACACACACACACACACACACACACACACACACACACACACACGGGUAUGUUCGUAUUUGUAUUCUUAAUGGCGAUGAGGGUAAGAGAUAACACAGUAUCUACAUUAUUUUGUCAGAACAUAAGGCCAAGUAAUGAAAAAAAAAAAUACCAUUCAAGUCUUUGAAGUGUAACGGCGCUAAACACACCCACCCACCCACACACACACACGUUUUUGGCCCUCCGUCUCUCUCUUUUUCGUCUGGCAACCUUGGGUGUUUGUCAGCCUGUCGGCCAAGUUAGAUUGUGCCCACCAAACCAAUGCUCACAGUUCUAUCCCUUCAUAGAUGUCACUAGGUUGACUUCCUUGCUGGUGAUUUAGUUAAGAACAUUAGUUAGCCACAGCCUCAACUUCCGGUGACUCACUCUAAGUAGGUGUAUUGGUUAGCCUCCUCACCUACGGUACCAUGGAUUGAGUUCCGGCCGAAGCUAUCAGCGUAAGACCCAUUACACUGGACAUCUUUCCUAUGGGUUGGUUUAUGACCGAGUACGUGGAAAUUCAAUUAGAUUUUGUUCAUAUGAAACUCACACUCAGAUAUUUAUAAUAUGCAGAAGCAUUUCAGCGCAGCAAAGGUUUAAAAACUGAGAGCAGAGGCCAAGAGCAGCUAAUCUUAUGUCCCGAGCUUGAUUCGAGUGACUCCAGCCAUCGAUUUGCGACGGAACUCAUUCCAGAAUAACAGAAGUAAGACAUUCUAAUAUCACGGGUUCACUUCAAGUUUCAAGUUAGGAGUUUUAGGUAUUAAUUUUGUACAAAUCCCACCAACAAUACACGGGUUUGGUAAUGGAGAAUGUCAGGAUGGAGUUCAGAGUCAGUCAAGGAGUCACUUUCAAACUUCUCUGGAAAAUCAGUUGCUGAUCUUACUGCUUUGUUCAUUGUUUCGAAGUUCAGUAUUUUCAAUAGGUCCUACAUUUAUCCAAGGUUACAAAAAGAAAACAUCUUCCUAUUCACCUGCUAUUCAUGCCACAUUAUUUAAUUCAGUAUGUGCCAGUCAUUCAGGGUUUAGCUGUCUUUAUAAUAUUAUUAUUUUUAUAAUCAUUUGUGUUUCUGUUAUUACUAUUAUUAAAACUGAUAUUAAAGUCGAUUUAUAUUAGAAUUACUAUAAUUAGUGUUAUUCUUAUUGCCAUUGAUAUCAAUUUUGUUAAUAACAAUAAUAAUAAUAAUAAUAAUAAUAAUAAUAAUAAUAAUAAUAAUAAACUCCUCAUAAUUAUUAUCUUUAUAAUUAUGAUUACUAAUAUUA